AUGUUUUGCUGUUUAAAAAAUUGCGUUAAUGGCUUUUCUCUAACGCCAACUGUUCCUAUACGUGUGAAGAGUAAUCCAGUGCAGUUAGAUUCUUUACAUAUGGGACAUGAAAUAGUCAUAGUGAAAGGAGGCCAGCGUGUUUGUGGGUCCGGCUGUGCACUUGGCAAUGCACCACUUGUUCAGAACAAAGCCUAUUUUGAAGUCAAAUUGCAGCAGGGUGGGGUGUGGGCGGUGGGACUUGCAACCAGGGAAGCAGACCUCAAUAGAGUACAUGGUGGUGUAGACAAAGAGUCCUGGUGUUUGAACAGUGACGGUACAGUUAGGCAUGAUAAUGUUGAGCUUUACCACCUCAAACCAGCUAGUCAGGAGUCACCUACAGAGAUCCUAGUCACUACUGGGUCACCCAAUCAUACCGAGGAUAAAGUUAAUGACAAAACGGACAGUGAAAAAGCUAAUGAGAAGUCAGCAGCUAUGCCCGGGGAGGGUGAUGUUAUCGGAGUAGCAUAUGAUCAUGUGGAGAUGAACUUUUUCCUUAAUGGAAAGAAUAUGGAAAUACCAGUGAGACAAAUCAAGGGAACAGUGUACCCUGCACUUUAUGUUGAUGAUGGUGCAAUCCUGGACAUAAUCCUUGACAACUUCAGAUACCCUCCACCGACGGGAUAUGAAAAGAUUAUGGUUGAACAAUCACUCCUAUAA